AUGGCUUCCAGAAAAGCCCUCUUCGUGCUCUCAGCCCGAGCAAUUCGCCCCCCCAGAAUACUCACCGCAUCAUGCCUCGCUCCACUCCAACACCUGCGCGCUGAGUCAACAGCCUCCUCAACCUCAGCUCUCGCAUACAAAGCCCUCCACCGCCGCAUCUCCCCCCUCCCGACCCCCGACGCAGCGCCCUCUUGGUCCGCCCAAGCAGCCGUCUCCAACAUCCUUUACGAAACUCCUACGCCGUCCGUAGCGCCCCCCAAACGUCACAUCCUGAACUGCCUCGUCCAGAACGAGCCCGGAGUCCUGUCCCGCGUAUCUGGCAUCCUCGCCGCCCGCGGUUUCAACAUCGACUCCCUGGUCGUCUGCUCCACCGAAGUCGAGGACCUCUCGCGCAUGACCAUCGUGCUCUCCGGCCACGACGGUGUAGUUGAGCAGGCCCGCCGCCAGCUAGAGGAUCUGGUGCCUGUAUGGGCGGUGCUGGAUUACACCACUGCGCCGCUGGUGCAGAGGGAGCUGCUACUGGCGAAGAUAAACAUCCUGGGCCCCGAGUACUUCGAGGAGCUGAUGGCUCAUCACAGAGAGCUCACAAGCGGCGAGGAGGAAGUCCAGGGCGAGGAGUGGGCCCGACGCUCGCAGUCGAACGACUUCCACCCCAGCAAGCUGGCUCUGAGUCAGGCGUUGAGACUGAAGCACGAGCACUUGAAGUCCAUCACCUACUUCACACAUCAAUUUGGUGGUAAAGUUCUGGAUAUCAGCACCAAUAGCUGUAUCGUCGAGGUCUCAGCAAAACCAUCCCGUAUUGACUCCUACAUGAAACUCAUCUCUCCCUUCGGUGUCCUCGAAUCCGGUCGCACCGGUCUCAUGGCCCUUCCCCGCUCUCCGCUUUACGGCCCGGACGAAAGCGAGUCGGUCAAGGACGCUGAGGAGGUCGUGGACGCUAGCACUCUUCCCCCAGGAUAA